AUGGUGGAUUGGUGGGAGCCAAUGUGGUGGUAUUGGAUUUGCGACGGGUUGGACCGGUCAAGAGCAUGCGGAAGUCGAGACCAUGCAAAGUUAAAGGCUGCUCCUCGGUUUGUGUAUGGGCUUGCAUGCGUACGGGCGUUUGCAGGAGGCGGUGACCGUGUAACGAGGCUAUUAACAUUCACACGUGUGAACGGCAACGUUGAUUCCAUGUGGAUUGCUAUUACUACAUCGACAUUGGCCAGAGUGCUCAGAUGUACCUAUAAACCUCCAUUGUCUUACACGCCAUUGGGCUGGGCAAGCCCGCCCUGGCGCAGCGCUACACAUUCGGCCGCCCCGGCGCGUGCUCGAUGGGGCUACGAUUCCCUGGUUCGAGAUUGUGAAUGGCUGCGUCGCAUGAGUGAGGUCCACCAGACUAGACAAUACCAGCGACUCGAUACGGGCGGCUGGACCCAGGGCGUUGGGCUCAGGAUCCCGUCUCUCGGGUCUCGCGUCUGUCGAGUUCCCAGCAAACAUGGAGCUAUCGUCAGCCUGAGGGUCUCAGAUGUUGACGGGACGUUGCCGGUCUUCAAGCAUGAGUACUACGGAGGACGCUUUCAAAAGUGA